UCCCAAACCAUCGUCUUCAACAUGAGCAGCACACAAUCGUUGCACUCGCUGGCCUUCAGGGUAAUGCGGCUAUGCCGUCCGACAUUCCACGUCGAAACUCCUCUCCAGUUCGAUCCUUGCGAUCUUGUCGUUGGCGAGGAUCUGUUCGACAGUCCUUCAGCCGCCCCUCGCCACCUUCUUCACUCUCAUUCCGCCUCUAAUGAUUCGUCAUCUGCCGAUCUCACCUACCGCAACCGCUUUGUUCUCGGUGAUGAUUCCGAUGCCAUGGGGCUCCCUGGUCUCCUUGUUCUCCCUCAGUCCUUCGGGGCAAUAUAUCUUGGGGAGACAUUUUGUAGUUAUAUAAGCAUUAACAACAGCUCAAAUUUUGAUGCCAGGGAUAUAAUAAUCAAGUCUGAAAUACAAACAGAAAGGCAGAGAAUAAUGCUUUUAGAUACAUCAAAAUCACCUGUUGAAAGCAUAAGAGCAGGAGGACGCUACGACUUCAUCGUUGAACAUGAUGUGAAGGAACUUGGUGCACACACAUUGGUCUGUACUGCUCUGUAUUAUGACGGUGAUGCCGAACGCAAGUAUCUUCCACAGUAUUUCAAGUUCAUGGUUUCAAAUCCCCUUUCUGUUAGGACAAAGGUCCGCGUUGUGAAGGACACUACUUAUCUGGAGACUUGCCUAGAAAAUAAUACAAAAUCAAACCUAUUCAUGGACCAAGUUGAAUUUGAGCCAGCUCCACGGUGGAGUGCGACAAUACUUAAAGCCGAUGUCCACCAUUCAGAAAAGGGUGGUUCUACUAGAGAAACAUUCAAACCACCUGUUCUUAUUAGAGCAGGUGGAGGAAUUUAUAAUUAUCUUUAUGCAUUGAAAAUGUCAUCUGCACCUACAAAAGGCGAGGGGAGUAAUAUUCUUGGUAAACUUCAGAUAACAUGGCGUACAAAUUUGGGUGAACCCGGGCGCCUGCAAACACAACAUAUAACUGGCAAUCCCAUCACGCGAAAAGAGAUUGAUUUGAAGGUAGUAAAAGUGCCAUCUGUUAUCAUCUUAGAAAAACCCUUUCUGGUGCAUUUGAGUCUCACAAACUUAACUGGAAAGAAGCUGGGGCCCUUUGAAGCUUGGUUAUCCCUCAAUGAUUCAAAAGAGGAAAAGGCUGUUAUGAUUAGUGGACUUCAAAGGAUGGAUUUACCAGCGGUGGAGGCAUUUGCAUCGUUGGAGUUUCAACUGAAUUUGAUCUCUGCCAAACUUGGAGUGCAGAAAAUCAGUGGCAUUACGGUGUUUGAUACGAUGGAGAAAAAAACCUAUGACCCGUUACCCGAUCUAGAAAUAUUCGUCGAUACAGAUCUAUAAGCUACCAACAUUUAUAGUCUUUCUGAAACGAUUAAAGCUACGAAGAUUAAUUAAAGACCGGUUGCAGCUAUGUUUUCGCAUUCAUAUUAUUCACUGAUUAUUUGUACA